CUCGCCGUCCCUGCCUCUCGUGUCCACCUCUCGCCGUGUUGUGUCGGGUCUCCUCGGACCAACCCUCACCCAUUUGCUUCAUUCUUAAAAAAAACCGCACAUACCCAGUGAAUUCACAAUAAGUGGAAAAUCCAAAGUGAGGAAGACAUUCUGCGAGCAAGCAACCUAUCGUCGCGCAGUGACUUGCGUCAGCUGGACAGUGAAUUUGGGACAGCGGAACGAGACAACUCGUUGUUUUUUUUUACUCCUCUGGGCUUUGCACGCUGGAUCACGAGUGUGUGUGUGUGUGUGUGUGUGCAGUUUGAUGGCCGCGUCUCGACGCCUUAUUUUAUUAUUCGCGUGAGAGAGCCGACAAAACACGGAUUUAACCCCGCGAGGAGGUGAAUCGCAACGUCCGGACGCGGGGGACAUUGUGCCUUGACGUCGUUUGCAAAAUCGUGGUCGAGGGGAUUCAAGUGGAGAACAAGUGGAUUAUCUCUCGCUCGUGAUUUCUUUUUUUCGCGUGGUAUUUUCGGUGAUCGAGAAAAUCGCGGGGGCCGGGGGAGUGAGGGAGACAGGUCGAUCGAAGGUGGGCGGGGCGGGGAGGACGGAAAGGUAAAUUGAGAAGCCUCAGAAUUUUUUUUUUCUCGAAAAAUUCGACAACUCAUUGCGCUCUGAGGCUCGUGGGAAUGGGAUUCAAUUGAGCAACUACGUCAUGAAACUGGUUUUUUAGUGGAGAAUCUUGGAGGUAAACAAUUUGCGCUGAUUGUCAACGGAAUACGUCGGCUUGAGAGCAAUAGAGACGGUUACGGUUUGGCGUGACUGCAGAGGCCCGUUGAUAUUGUUAUUCCUGUGUCGGCCCUGUGUGGAGGGUCAUGGUGGGAUAGAUAGUUUUUGUAGUGUUUCGUAGGUGACGAUUGAGGGAGAAAUUUGUGCGGGAGGAGCGGGGGAGAGAGGACAUGCUUGGUCAACACAAAUGACGGAACGUAGUAGAGGCGGACAGGGGAGACUGUGGUUGCAGCUAUCGCCAAGGCUGACCUAGCACAAAGUUGCGCGAUGCAUCGGCGAUUGGGACACAGCAAUUACGAUGGAAAAAUCGCUGGUCUUUAUGACCUUGAGGAGACACUGGGUCGCGGUCACUUUGCUGUUGUCAAAUUGGCCCGUCAUGUUUUUACGGGCGAAAAAGUUGCGGUGAAGGUUAUUGAUAAGAGCAAAUUGGAUGAGGUGUCGAGGGCUCAUCUCUUCCAGGAGGUAAGAUGUAUGAAGCUGGUGCAGCAUCCCAACGUCGUUCGACUUUACGAAGUCAUAGACACCCAGACAAAGCUCUACCUCAUUCUGGAGUUAGGCGACGGUGGAGACCUUUACGACUACAUCAUGCGUCAUGACAGCGGUCUAACCGAGGAGCUUGCAAGAACGUACUUUAGGCAGAUUGUGAGAGCUAUCUCGUACUGCCACCGUCUUCACGUUGUACACAGGGAUUUGAAGCCCGAGAAUGUUGUAUUCUUCGAGAAACUUGGUACAGUGAAACUCACGGAUUUUGGCUUCAGUAAUAGAUUCUGCCCGGGACAAAAAUUGGAGACAUCGUGCGGUUCAUUGGCUUACUCGGCACCGGAGAUACUUCUGGGCGAUAGUUAUGAUGCACCAGCAGUUGACGUGUGGUCCCUGGGUGUCAUCCUCUACAUGCUAGUCUGUGGCCAGGCGCCAUUUCAAGAAGCCAACGACAGUGAAACAUUAACAAUGAUAAUGGACUGCAAAUAUUCAAUACCAUCGCACGUGUCAGAGGAGUGCAAGAGACUGAUAGCAAGAAUGUUAGUGCGAGAGCCCGAGGGCAGAGCCACCCUCGAGGAAAUAGCAGCCGAUCCCUGGCUCGGCAUAUCAACUGACACUGAUUCUGACAAUGUUGAGGCACUACCCCUUGUAUCGAGGCAGCAAGUAUCCGAGGAGCAUCACAAUUUAAUUAUAACUAAAAUGGUCAAUGGUAAUAUUGCAACGAAAGAGGAGAUACUUGAUGCACUCGACAAAAACGAGUAUAAUCAUAUCACAGCAACGUAUUUUCUACUCGCUGAACGUAAAUUGCGUGCUCAAAGGCAGGAGCUUGUUACCAAGACUCGUCCUGAAUUGUUGAACGUCAGCUCACGCAGAACCCACGAUUUCAACGUAAACGAUCUCCGAGUCGAUCAAAACUCCCUAGGCAGUGUAAAUCAGUCACUCCUGACAGUCCCCCGGACCCCAGGAGACCUACCCCAGAACGUUCGCACCCGCAAAUGCAGUAUCGUCCAGGAAGAGGAGGACGAGGACGACGUGUCCUCGUGUUCAGGUCGUGACGACCACGCCAGUAAUUCAGCACUGAGCGCCUUCAAUCGUCGAGGCUCACGGUCGGAGGGAAAGCUCUCGCACCUCCUGCAGGAGCGUUUGUCCCAACUCCCAGAGAAACACGUGCUGAAGCCACCAGUGCGUCCCCUCCAGGAGACAAAAGCCUCGCCGAGUCACACAUUCACAGUUGUCAGAGUAGACGACACGAAGGAGACCCCAAGACCGUGGCGAGGGCUCACUGAGCCAGAUGGAAGGCCCAAGUCCCUGACGGAGUGCAUUAAAUCAGGCAACAAGUGGCGAAUCGAGCGACCCACGACCGAAAGCCCCAAGAAAUCGGACAAUUACAAUCUCGAAACAGCAACAACAAUUCUCACUGAAUCAUCAACAGCCCCAUCACCCCUUCGCUCUCGUCACACUGACACUGCACCCAAGUACAAGACAAUGCCAUCACCAGUGACGACAGAAGCCCAGACAGACAAUAAGUUGAAGGAGAUCCUGGAGGAUGCUGACAGCUGUGAGACGAAGCCCGACGAGACGACAGCCAAAUGCAGAGUUGUGAGGAGAAUAGGAUACGAGCAGAAGCGUAAUAAAUUUCACAAAACGAGAACGACGUCGUGCUCGAGUUCAGACGCCAGUGAUGACGACAGUGAGAACAGAAAGAAGAGGGCUCACAAGCUCGGUGCAACAACUGGCAAGCCCCUUCCCUCGAGGCGAGACAGUCACGAUGAUUCGAGUGACUCACAGGAGCCAGGGGGCAAUUGUGGUGGUGCUAGGGGCUUCAGUAAUGGUGAUAAUAUCCAGGUGACAGCCACCACAGACACAACUGGGAGUAAUCAGGGGGGAACGACAAACACUUCAACGUCGUCAGGUGGUGGUAAAUCACAGGGUAACAGUGAUAAUCAGGCAUUGUCAUUCAGCAGAAGACACAGAGCUGGUAGGAGAAGAGCGGGUGAGACACGAUUACGGGAGAGUCAAUCAUUAAACCGCAUAACCGAAGUGCAGGAGGCAGAAACACCUGUUUGUCACUCGGUGGCUAAAGCUAUUGUUAAUCAGUCUGUAUCGUCGUCGUCUUCGUCGUCGUCGUCUGUGAGGGCAGUGACGAUUAAUGGGGCUGUGCAAAUGUCACAGACAACUGUGCAGAGGGCCAAGGGAUUUGGUGCGAGACUGCUGCAGGGCUGGAGUCUCACUAAGGGGAGUUCUGAGGUUUGUAACGAUGAUAAACAUGAGGAGAGCCACAAGGACGAGAAGAAGUUUGUCUUCGAUAAGGAGAAUCGGGGCUCGAUGAAUAAAAGUGACUGCAAGAGCAGGAGGAUUAGGCUUUUGACUAGAUACUUUGCUGUUCACAAGAAACUCUGUGUACCACUUCCAGGAUUCUUUGGCAAGGGGAAAAGCUCACUGUACAAGGCACGAUCGUGUGGGAAUAUCUCCAAGGACAGGGUCUCACCACCAUCGCCAAAGUCCAUGCUACUUUGUGCACCUGAGGAUAAAUGGAGGGGACAGUGGUGUGAUAAGCAGCAUCAGCAUCGGGGCAGCGAUGGGGAUAUCAAUCAGAAUCUGGGGCUUGCUCAGUUUGUACAGGAGAGUGUUAUGGGAAAGGGUUGCACUGGUUUACCUCCUAUUUGUCAUAUUCAUCUGGGCGAUGCCUCCAAGUGCUGCAGUCUCUGUUGAUGAUUGACUGGGUCUCGAGAUGACAAGUGCAAUAAUUGUGAGGCAACUUUGACUCUCUGUUAGACAACGACUUGUUUGUUUAGACCUUGUCGUUUUGUGACGUUUCGAUUGACGUCAGUGAUGGCAGUUUGGGGUUUACAGGGCAGGGGAGAAAAUGAUCGAGAUGUUGGGGGUUUUUUAAUUCAACGAUUGAAUCGUAGAUCGAUGUAUCUAGUCCACGAGAGGAGGGGAACUGUAUUUUUUAUCUUUGCAGAGUUUAUUACCAUUAUUUUCGUGUUUACUGAUGGAUUUUCACCUUUUUUGAAGUAUUAUUGUGUAAUAUAGUGGCUGGGGGGGGGGUCGUGGUAGGGGUUGUUUUAAUAUCAACUCUUUGAUUUAUAAACUCGCUCGUUUUCUCUCACUGCUGUGGCGCCGUGGUUUUUCUACCCUUCUGUUGAAAAAUAAUUAUUAUUCCUCCGUCCCUCGGUGCUUCCUCGUUCUCUUCCCCCCUACCAUUCACUCCACUCUUCUCUCUACUCGUAAGUAAAAAUGUAAAUUAAUAACGUUGAGGCAUUGGUACUGUUUUUUUUUUGAAUGCAAGCUUCCAAGUUGUCUCGAAUUUAUCAAUGACUCGCGUGGAUUUAUGCACUCGUGGAAAAGAAUUGUUCAAUUUACACUGGUGGUGAUUACUCGUUUUAGGAGGAUGAUUUUUUGGGGGAAUUGGGAUUUUUUGGUGAACAAAUUUCAAAUUAAUGAGAGGUGGUGAAUGUUAAUUUUUUUUUAGAGACAUUUAUGGGAAAGAAUGGGAAAAUUCUGGUUUAAGUUGAUGUAGUCUCCAGUGGAGGAAGUUUUUGAUUUCGUGAAUUGAGAAAAUUGAAUUUCUUUGAAUGGAGAUUUUUGUAUGUCAUCGUAUGCUCAAUGAUUAUUUUUAUUCAUUUAAUUCAUUCUGAUCGACGACUUUUUUCGUCUUCAUGAUAAUUAAUGCCAAAGGUCCAGGAAAUACUGGAGAAAUAAUUCCGAUCAUUGUAAUUAUUUCGGUGUUAAUUAUUAAUUGCGUAAAUAAUUACGCCAUGACAAUUGAAUUAAAGUUGUAAAUAUUACUCCAAUAUCCGUUGAUCCUCUGGCAUUAAUUAAUUCCGAUUUGAUAUAAGAAAUGCUCAGUUCAUUCUAAUUUACUUCAAAGAACGUAUGAACUGGUAUUCACUAUAAAAUCGAAUUAAUUUGGAAAUUGAAAACCAAAUAACAGUCGUUCCAAGUGAAAUAAUCUUUGUAAAAUGAAUUUUUCAUUCAUUUCAGUGCAACAUGGCGAAAAUUUAGGAAAAAAAUGGUUAAUAGGGGGGAAAAAAAUUUAAUGCAGCUGUCUCAAUAUUGUUUUGUGCAUUGUUUAGGUAAUCUCAUCUCAUCUCACCCCAUCCUCCAGUAGUCUCGAGAACAAAAACAUAAUAAAAAUAGAAGAAAAAAAAAGAUAAACGUUAUGAUAAAAACCAUAAAAUCUGCGUGAAAAGCAAUUACCCGAGUGUUUUUGUUGGUCACCGCUCUGAGGGCCCGUUACAUUCUCAUUUCGCCCCCUUCCCCGAAUUUUUUAUAUGCAUAAAAAAAGUAAAAUAAUAUGGAAUGCAGCGGUGGGCCGCCAUACUCCUUGCACGAACACAAGGAUGUUUAUAUGUACCUAUUGUCGAAUUAUAACGAUUACCUACAUGUAUGUACCGAGCCAGACGUUUACCUAGAAAUAAUACAACAUUUAUUUAUUAUAACAAAA